GCUCCUGAGCCUGCCAACAGGAAGACGCAGCCAUCGGUCAUCGUGAUCGGCGCAGGGUUCGCAGGGUUGUCAGCAGCAGAUGAACUGCAUGCCUUGGGGUGUAAGGUAGUUGUGCUGGAAGGGAGAGACAGGAUCGGAGGGAGAUGUUGGACGGACAAGAGCCUGGAUGGCAGGACCGUUGACCUCGGGGCGGGAUGGAUUCAUGGGAUUGUGGGUAAUCCUCUUGCUGAGCUGGCACGGCGGAAGGGCGUGGAGCUGUGCAACAUACCUGCAGACACCUUGAUCCAUGAUGCAGAUGGUGUUGUGUACAGCGAGGAGACUGACAGGAAGAUAGAGCUCCUGUUCAACCAGUUCCUCCAGAGGGCUCAGAAGGAGGUUGGAACGGGCUCUCAGAAGAGUGACCAGUCUCUCGGUGGCCUCUUGGACAGAAUGAUUGCGAGCGAUGACAGUCUUGAUGACGCAAGAGAGCUGCAGCUGUUCAACUGGCAUUGUGCGAAUAUCGAGUACUCAACGGCAACUGACAUUCACAACCUGUCAGCCAGGAACUGGGCCCUGGAUGACGAGAAUGCGUUCGAUGGCGACCAUUGUCUCCUCAAGUCAGGAUACUGCGCGCUGGCAGAACACCUCGCACAAGGUUUGGACAUCAGGCUGAAUUCCAAGGUGAAGGUGAUAGAGCAUGGCAAGGAAGGGCAGCAAGCUGCUUGCAAGGUGACCCUUGAGGACGGUCGGACUCUCUCGUCGGACAUUGUUGUUCUUACUGUCCCGCUUGGGGUCUUGAAGAGCAAGAGCAUCGCCUUCUACCCGCAGCUGCCUCGGUGGAAGCAAGCAGCUAUCGACAAGCUGGGGUUCGGCGUGCUCAACAAGGUGGUCCUAGCGUUCAGCAAGAUCUUCUGGCAGCGCGCGACCCCCAUCGGCAAGUACAUCGGGUAUGCGUCGGAGCGGAAGGGGCAGUUCUACCUCUUCAUCGACAUCACAGACUGCGCCUCCAAGCCGACGCUGCUUGCGCUGAUCUCAGGGAGCAUGGCGAAGGAGCUCGAGGUCACGCCUGAUGAUGAGGUGGUGAGGGAGGCCAUGAAGGUGCUCGAGAAAGUUGUCGGGGAGGGAGCGUGCGAGCAACCGUGCGGGUACAAGAUCACUCGAUGGGGUCAAGACCCUUUCGCCAUGGGCUCCUACUCCUACGUAGCCAUCGGGUGCACUCCUGAGGACAUGGACGCGCUAGCUCGUCCGCUAGACCAUAACAGACUCUUCUUCGCUGGGGAGCACACCAACUCCGAGCAUCCCUCCACCGUCCAUGGUGCCUUCAUCAGCGGCAGGCGGGUUGCGCGUGAGCUGCUUGUUUCUUGGCACGGUCACGGAGAGGUGAGGGAGGGAAGCAGGUGUGUUGAGUUUCCGCUGAGAUGA